AUGUCUCACCUCAAAGCAUCAAACCUCUUCUCGGUCAAAGAUCGGGUAGUUGUGAUUACCGGAGGCGGUAGUGCUCACAAUCCCAAUGCAGGUCUCGGUCGCAUCAUGACAAAAGCUCUCGACGCCAAUGAAGUCUCCAAGAUCUUCAUUCUGGGCCGACGCGAAGAUGCCCUCCAAGAAACAAUCUCGCAAACCAUCAAUGGCACCGUGAUCCCAAUUAAAUGUGACAUCACCUCGAAAGAAUCGCUCGAGGAGGCCUACAGAGCAGUCGCAGCCCAAACCACCCAUGUCGACCUCCUUAUCGCAAACAGCGGUGUUAUGGGACCCCUCAUGAAACCCCCACAGCCCGCAGCAGACGGCUCCCUCCCACCUCUCUCCCAAGUCCGUGACGAGCUCUUCAGCGUUCCAAUGAACGAAUUCAACAAAGUGCUGAACGUCAAUGUAACGGGGUCUUACUACACUGUACUAGCAUUCCUACCCCUCCUCGAGGCAGCCAACAACCGACGACCAGCCCCUCAGGCUGGCGUUGUGGGAGCACCAACUGCGCAGGUGAUCAUCACCAGCUCUAUUGCCGGUUAUGCACGCAAGGUGCCAUUCAGCUUUGCCUACAAUGCAUCCAAGUCUGCGACUACCCAGUUGGUGAAGAUGCUUUCUACUUCGUUUGCUUAUUACAGCAUUCGGGUUAAUGGUAUCUCGCCUGGUCUUUAUUACUCCGAUAUGGCGAACCAUGUUUUCCAGGAUAAUGGAAUCUCUGGUCAGGCUAUUGAGGAUGGUUCGUUCCCGCGUGAGAUGAUUCCUGCUACGAGAGGUGGUAGUGAGGAGGAUAUGGGUGGGUUGAUUGUUUGGUUGGCUAGUAGCUCCGGUGGUUAUAUUAAUGGUAAUAUCCUGGUUACCGAUGGUGGCCGGGUUUCUGUCGUGCCGGCUUCCUACUGA